CUUUAUCCGCAUAUUUUCUUGGCCUAAUGACAUAAGUUAAAUCACUGUGUCACAUACAUUUCCAACUCCAGUCAACUCACAUUCCCACUAGUGCAUUGAACAAAUCACAAGAGAGAAAAAGCCCAAUGAAGAUCUUCAAUUGGGUGCAUCGCAAAUUUCAUCAUAAAGAUGGUAAGAAAGAUAUUGAUGAGCUGAAGAUCAGCAAUGAAAUUAUUGGUUAUGACACACAAAUUCUUCUUCAAGAUGCGUCAUUUGCACACAUGUCAGAUAUUUGGAAUGGAGGAAUUCUCACAAUUGGCACAUUUGGAUUUGAUCCAUUGAAAAAUGUGCAAGAUCAAGAAAGUGACAAAGACAUUGAAUACCUAGAGGAAGAAGAAGAAGAAUACUACUCAGUGGAAAAUGAAAUUCAAGAAUGUGAAAUUCCAUUUACUAAUGAGGGAAAUGAAGAAUUGUACCCUUUAAUAUAUGCAAAUAUUGAAGAUGAAGUGAAUUAUAAUGAGGCCAUCAUUGAGUCUAACAACAACUCAUCUGCUGAUCAGAGCAAUAUGAAAAAAGAAAGAAUAACUCUGGCAGAUUUGUUCUCUGCUGAUUCUGAUCAUCACCCGAAGGCAGAUCGUCCUACAGGCAAAACUACAGAGCCAGAGAUUUUCACUAACAAGCCUAAUUCGUCUCCACAAGUGAAAAAUGGACUUUCUUUUGCCAAAAAGCUCAUUCCACGAGUCAAGGACGAGCCACGCCCCAUCCAAAAGCUACAGAAAUUGAUGACGAAAGUGUUGAAACGGAAGGUUCAUCCAGAUAUUGAAACCAAAUUGAGCAAGAACAGCUGCAGCAGUCAGGUGAAAGCAGCCAGCAUGAUUGGUCUCUCCUGUGUUAAACACGUCAGGGUUGAAUCAUCUGUUUCCCUUCUCCUAACUGAUCAAGGCCCCUUCUCUGAAGAGGCCUCUGAAGAUUGAUAAAGUUCAUGAUGAUAUCACGGCCUAAGCUGACCUACUCCAGUUUAAUUACUUGAUUCCAUUGGCUUGGGGAUGAAAUGAAAUGAAUUAAUUAAUUAUGUUUGUAAAAUUAUUGUUUUAAUUGUUUGUAAGAUUUUCAAUAUUGUGGACAGCUAGAUCAUGUGAUCCUGUUAUGUCAUUGCUUUUGGCCUUUGUGGUGUGUAACAAAAAGGUUUUAAUGGUGUUGAAAUUAGGGUUUGAUUGGUUAUUA